CAGAUACGUUUAUGCUUCGUAUUGCGGUAGUUAUCAACAGCUCCCUGGUGGGAGCUAGACGCUGCAUAAGCAUGUGUGGAUGAGACCGUCCCUGUCCCAAGCAGCUAGUGAUGACAAAUGCAUUGGAAAUAGUUGCUGGAGGCUUCCAUCUCCCUCUAAUUUGGGUUAUGAUGGCAGGUCUCUCCCAGGAGAUGGUCAGUAUAUCCAAGGAGCCCUGAGCAGGCAGGACUGAGGAUUGCACCUGGCAGUCUAGGGGCAAUGUUAACCUUGAAAACAGCAGCUUGCCCGUGGAGCAACAUUUAAUGUUCGCUUGCAUUGUCUCAUCCUCCUGCGCUGAGGCGAAAGGCUCGGGGGCACAGCUGCCUACGCGCCCAAACGUGGCUGCAGAGAGCUUUGUUUUUGGAAUGACUCCGUGCGCGGGAAUUGGCAUUGCCCCUGUCAGAUGGGGUUUUCUCGUGCUGUUGAAGGGCGUCUGUGCCGGGAGGACUCUCUCUGCAGAAGAGGUUCAGCACAAUGAGUUGGCAUCCUAGGUGUUAGCAGUGUGAGGAGAUCAGGACGGGUGCUGCUCUGCUCACCCUUUACCCCCUCGCUCGUUCUCCUCGGGGAGACGGGUGCUGGCAUCCCUGCCCUGCCCUUCCAUCCCUUGACGCCACUCGCCAUAGAGGGGACGGGCCCGUUAUGGCUGGGGACAGGCUCCCACGCAAGGUGAUGGACCCAAAGAAGCUGGCCACCCUCCUGAGGAAUGGAGCGGAAGGCACCCUGGUCAUUGACAGCCGCUCCUUUGUGGAGUACAACUCCUGGCAUGUCCUCAGCUCUGUCAACAUCUGCUGCUCCAAGCUCGUCAAGAGGAGGCUCCAGCAGGACAAGGUCUCCAUCACAGAGCUCAUCCAGCCUGCCUCCAAGAUGAAGGUUGAGGCAGAAGAGCACCAGGACGUGGUGGUCUAUGACCAGAGCACGCGGGACGUGACCGGCUUGGCUGCUGACAGCUUCCUCUCCAUCCUCCUGGGCAAGCUGGACAGCUGUUUCCACAGCGUCUCCAUCCUCACAGGAGGCUUUGCCACCUUCUCGUCCUGCUUCCCAGGGCUCUGCGAGGGGAAGCCAGCUGCCAUCCUGCCGAUGAGCAUCUCCCAGCCAUGCUUGCCUGUGGCCAACAUCGGCCCCACACGCAUCCUCCCACAUCUCUACCUGGGCUCCCAGAAAGAUGUCCUAAACAAGGACUUGAUGACACAGAAUGGGAUAAGCUAUGUUCUCAAUGCCAGCAACUCCUGUCCCAAGCCAGACUUCAUCUGUGAUAGUCACUUCAUGCGCAUUCCUGUCAAUGACAACUACUGUGAGAAGCUCCUUCCCUGGCUGGACAAGUCCAUUGAAUUCAUUGACAAGGCCAAGGUGUCCAGCUGCCAGGUGAUUGUGCACUGCUUGGCUGGGAUCUCCCGGUCAGCCACCAUUGCCAUUGCCUACAUCAUGAAGACCAUGGGUAUGUCAUCAGAUGAUGCUUACAGGUUCGUUAAGGACCGUCGCCCAUCCAUCUCACCCAACUUCAACUUCCUGGGCCAGCUCCUGGAGUAUGAGAGGAGCCUGAAGCUCCUCAAGGCCCUGAAGUCAAAGGGUGACCGGGGCGAGGGGGAUGCCCAGCAGGACCUGUCAGAGGCGGCUGAGGGCAGCCGGCACCCCCCACCACCUACCUCAGAGAAGGCCGAAGAGGUGCCGAGAGGUGCCAGCCCAGUGUCCCCACACAGCGAACCCGAGCGGCCCGGCGGGACCCCGAAGGUCCUGUCGCCCACCACCCUGCAGCAGGGGCUCAACGGCUUGCACCUCUCCUCCGAGCGCAUCCAGGACACCAACCGCCUCAAACGCUCCUUUUCCCUGGACAUCAAGUCCGCCUACGCACCCGGCCUGCGGCAGGAACCCCCUGGACCUCCUGGCCCCGGGGAUGGCCCCAAACUCUGCAAGCUGGACAGCCCCUCGGGCCCUAGUGGCCUCAGUCCCUUCUCCCCGGGGGCGGACAGCCCCGACCGGCCGAGUGGGCCCGACCUCCUGCUGGAGGCCAAAGUGAGGCAGCGGCGGAAGCACCGGCACCCGGCGGGCUCGCCGGCCCAUGGCCUCAGCCUCAACGUUGGCGGGGCCUGUGCUGCACGCAAGAGCCCCAGCGCUGAAGACGGGCUGCCCCCGCGGCUCAGCCAGCCAGCUGCCGCCACCACCACUGCCACCUGGAGCGGGGUGCACCUGGAGUCCCCAGGCACCCCCUGCAGCGAGACCGGCUGGUACUUCGGUACGGACUCUGGUGGCGCCGGCAGCAGUGGCGGGAGCCUGUUUGCCAGCACCGGCCCAUACCCACCGCCCUUUGGCUGUGGCGGGGUGGCCGGCGGCUGCGAGAUCAGACUGAGGGACAAGGCGCGGGCUGAGCCGCGGGAUGGGCGGCACAGCUGGCACGAGGAGGCUGGUGCUGAGAAGCAGUUCAAGCGGAGGAGCUGCCAGAUGGAGUUUGAGGAGACCAUGUCUGAGGGAAGGGCCCGAGAAGAGCUGGGCAAAAUCGGCAAACAGUCCAGCUUUUCGGGCAGCAUGGAGAUCAUCGAGGUGUCCUGACACCAACCCAGGGCACCUGGAGAGCGGGGACGGGGUGAGGGGGUAUUUAAGCUGGGGGGAGAGGGGAGGGCGACGGUGGGGGUGGGCAGGGAGUAUUUAUACCUGCUCGUGCAUUUUUGGGAGUGCACGCGCUGAAACUGAAGCGAAAGUGGAUGAGUCUUUCCAGAGUCAGGAAACAUAACGGUGCAUGCUUAGUGUCCCUCCUGCACCUGCCCUGGUCAUUGUCCCCCAUCUCCAGGGGGUCCCAGCCCUCAGAAACCCACAUUCAAAAUUAGGGCAUAAAAUUCUAACGGGAAAGGGACAGAGGUUGCAAUUUUGGAUGUGUGAAUACGGCACAGUGCCUGUGGGGGGGCCAUGGCUGCCCCUUCCCUGCACUGUGGUGCACUAAGCAUGCUCCUUCAUGUUUCUCUGGCUAAAUAUCCUAAAAAUGCUGCACUGGAGCAGCCCUAUACAUAUAUAAAUAUAUAUUAUAUAUAAUAUAAAGAGAAAAAUGAAAACACACACACAAAGGAAAAGGUAAAUGGUUUUACUGCAAUUUUUAUUGAGACGUAAAUAAUAUUUCAAUUUUUUUCUUUGUUUUUAAUUUAUUGAAGCUGUUCAUUCUGGCAAUGAUUUGCAGACAAUGUGGGGCGGUACUUUCAGCUCUAUUUUUACUGUGUAUGGUAUUUAAAUCUAAAAUACGAGUUUCUAAGCAAUAUAUGAGGCCUGUGGCUCCUUCUAUAGCUCAUGUCGACGACAAAGAUUUCCCCCCCUUUCCUCUGGGCACAGUGACAAGGGGACAGGAGACUCUUCUAGGCCCUUUUUCUAGAAAUGAACAAGUGAUCAAGCAAACUAUAAAACCUUCUUACAACAUAAACUGAGCCAGAAAGCUCUCUUCUGGAAGCUGCUGCUGCUGCUUCACCCCUUGGUCUCUGUUUGCUUUAUGUCCCCAUCCUGGCCAUCAUCCCGUUCCAGCCAUCAUCCUCAUCAAUGCCAUCACCCCAUCCGGGCUGUACCCCCCUCCCCUGCCCUGGGCUGCCCAUUCUCGCUGGAGAGGGUGAGAAGGGAGUCACCUAAAGCGUAGGGAAGUGUGCCAGGUGUCACCUCCAGCUGUGCAGGGAAGGGGAAGGCAUCAGAGGCUGCCACAGUGGUGGCAGGGAGGGCUGGUGGUAUCUGGGAUUUUUUGCUGGGGGAUGUCCUGCUUGCCUGCCUCAGCCUCUCAGUUCCCCCUCACCUCAGCCACCUUGCUUAGGAGGUAUGGGCACCAUUUUCCCUUUGGCACUGGUGGUUUUUCAGGCUUUCCCCACCCUUCACUUCACAUCCAAGAAGCAUGGGGACCAUGUUUGCAGGCACUGGGACUCCUCUGGCCCUGUUCCCCUCAGGGCUGGCUUCCCUCCUUCCAGCUGGCUGGACAUGAAGCACUGCAAGCACACAGGGGGCACAACCAACUUACUUUCAGAGGUGUUUGGCUGCUUCCCCCCAUCCUGGUGGGUAGCCAAGCUCUUGCCCCCCAACCCCAAUGCCAGGCUUGCUGAGAAGUUGCUUUCCGGAGCUGUAGGCACUGAGCUGCCUCUGCUGCAAAGCACUUCUCUCCCUGUGGCUGUCUUUGCUUUCUCCCUCAUUUCACACUAGUUUGCAAAGCUAAUACCUCAGGGGUCUCCAUUCAUGCAUGUCUGUGUCCUGUGUCAUCCUUGGAGUGUUGUUUUUUCUUUUCUGGGUCUGCACCAUUUCUCUCCCUUUCCUUUGUUCCUCGUCUCGUUGUUUGUUUCUAUCUUUAAAUCAAACUACAUAUGACAAAACUAAAUUAUCUCAGGUUUAAAACUGAACACAAAGCAGAGGUGUGAGGAGCUGCAAUUGUGCAAGGAGGGGCUGCUCACUUCAGCUGGUUGCUACCCCAACCACUUAUGUCUGCAGUUGAGAUGAGACACCCAAGAGGCUCAUUGCUCUCUUCAGGCCAGCUUUAAUUUUUCUGGUUUUCUGUAGGUGAGAUAUUGGGGAAUCCCCACAUGUUCCUGGCUGGUUCCCCAAGGUGUGGUGGAGAGGGACAGUGAUGGCUGAGGAGCCAUGGCCCACCUGCCUCUCUCUUCACAUCACUUUCAAUGUGGGCAAGAGAUCACCCCUCAAAAGCCCACCAUCACCCAUUGUUGCCUUCAGUAACCACCUCAAACCAGCUCAGUGUUGCCAACCUGAACAUUUCUCCCUUCUGGCCCUGAAAGGACAAUGACACUAUUUUCUAAGCUCCCUUUUUAUUUUCCAAUAAGUAUUUGGGUCCAUUCUGAGAGCUGGGCAGCUAUUCAGGAGCUGUACUUGCAGCAGGGUCUCCAAAGACAGUAUUGAUGUCAAGUCCAAGGAUGGAGGGCAAAAGGCUUCAUCCUCCCUCCAGGAAGCCUCCUGAGCCCAGGGUGAGUGUCACAUACCUCCUACCCAGCCAGCACUGCUGGUCCCCCUUCCCCUGUUGCUGCCCUUGGCAGUGGCAUCUCUUCCCAUGCAUGCCAGGGGUCAUCACAGGCUGAGCUCUGUUCUGUAUCCUCUGUAUCGCUCAGUUCCUGCCCAUCCCAUAGUCCUCCAGGGUUGAUGCCAGCAUGGAUCACCUGAGCUCCCGUCAGGCAAGUUACUGGCAGGAGCUGUUUAGGUGUAGCUUUGGGCAGUGAAGAGGGGGCCAGAUGACUUCCCAAGUGAUUUAGUAAAAAGAGGACAAUAGGUCAGCACAGCCAGGUGUGGAGAUGAGACGAGGUGCUAGCAAUUUGUGUAACUCAUCCUGUUAGCUGACACAGUGUAUUCUGAACACAAAAAAACCAGCUGGAGUAAGUCAGAAAGGAGAGAGCAAGUGUUGUAAACGGGACUCAAAAUGUCUGCAAAGAGGCAGAUAAUGUGGUUUGCUGCCUUUUUUUUGCCCUUUUUUUUGUUACUCUGCUAUGUCCCUGGGUGCUCCUCAGCCACGUUCAAGACUUUAGACCCUACAGACUCCUCUCUCCUCUGAAACAAGAGCAAGGAGAAGUAGAUUUUAAGAUUGGUAGAUCAUAACUGCCAAGACACAUUUAUGACCCACCUCUGCAGCCUUAUUUUGAUGUACUUUGUGUUCAUUUUUCCCCUUUAUGUUGGAUGUAUGCACUAGAAGCCCUCUCACGGGCACUAUUUUUAGGUUACAUCCAGAAAAUAACCCCUGAUGGAGCAUCCCUGCCUGAGUGUCCCCUGCAGUGCUGACCCAAAGCCACCAGGGUCACUGAGGGCUUUGCGCUUUAAUGAUUUUUCUUAAAAUCAAACUGUCUAACAGACCACUCUGUCCAUGAACGAGACAAUUGUGAGUUAUCACACAGAAGGAUGUGCUGGCUGGUAGUUCUCCCCAUCAUCUCUCAGUCAAGACACUUUAUGGGCUCUCACAGACAGACACCUCAACCCAAAGCCCCACUGGAACAAAAAAAUAAUCUUUCCAUGCCAGUCUGAUGAUGGAACAUUUAUUCAGAGGGACCUGAGUAAUAGAAGUGUGAGCAGAGGACAGGAAAGGUCUCUCCUGUCAAGGGAGGAAUCAACAAAGCUGUUGAGCGACCGAUGGUCAUGGCAGCAGCAAUGGCUGAGCUUUCCACCACAUGAAGGAUGGAGUAAACCACAGCAUUCCUUCAGACUAGAAGGAAUAUCUCACCCUUCCUUCCAACCCAUGCCUGUCCCUGGAGCUCAGCUUCCCAGCUGCCUUCUUCCCAGCAGCCUUUUGAGGGACUGAGCAAAGCUGGGGGAGGGCCAGCGAUCAGCUUGGCAACACUGAGCCAGAGGCCUGGGUCAGAGCAGGCUGGUCCCUGGCCUCAGCAGCAGGGUCCCCAGCCCCUGCUGCCUUCCUGGCCCUUCUCUCUACUUGUUUCUUUGGAUGUCCAUUCCCAUUACAUCUGCCCCUUAAGAGAUGAUGCCCCCAGAACCCCCUCCUGCUGUCCCCUUCCCCUUCCCAUCCUUAAUACUAAUGAUAAUAAGCUAUCAGUGUUGUCAUUGCAAUCUAUGAAUGAUAGAUUUGAGUAUUUAUGAUUACAAUUAUUAUGGUUAUGAUUCUGUACUUUUUUGCUUCUUACUCUUUGUAUGUUGCUCUUUGUUUCUGUGUUGUGAAUAAAUGCAAGGCCCCAUCACACCUUCUCUCUGCUCCCCGCAGCUGGGCUGGGGCUGCACUAGGCACAGCUCCCAGCUGUCCCAAGGCCUAGGAGGCAAACCCUUGUCAGAGGAGCUGAAGGGUGGUGCUUCCUAAGGGUAUAAAGACACCCAUAUCUGGGGCAGAUCCUUCAUUCUUCCCAUUCUGCAGCUACUCUCCCCUGUACAGGCUCCUGCUCAUGUUUGCAAGAGGCAGGAACCCACUGGCACCAAGAACAGAAGAUUAAAUGGUGAAAGCUUAAAGCUUUUUGUAACAGCUUAAAGGAACAUUGGCCAGGCACCCAGCUUGUGGAGUCAGCUCCCUCCAGGUUUCUGUCCUCUCACCUUUUUCUGCUGACUGUGCCUACAGACUUGAUCUUCAUCUGCAGGGGCUUCUUGUUGUGCCAUGGCAGCUGGUUUGCAAAGUUCUCCCAGCUCAGCCGAGCCCAUGCACUGGUGCCCUGUUUUAGCCAGGUGACCCGGGCUUUCUUAACUUGAACAGCACAGCCUAGGGAGGACACAUGGCCGGUGCUAGUGCAAGCUUAGUGGCAGAGCAGUAAGGAGAGAUAUGAGCAGGCUCCGAUACCUGGAGGGAUUUAGAAAGGGGCUGGGAAUGGGGCUGGAAACAGCCUUUAUCCAACACUGAUGAAUCAGGGUGUCAUAAGUGGACAGACUCUGGUGCUGCUUUUUUGCACCUGUCGCCUGGGCUCCUUGUACAACAUUGAGGAUUCCAGAUGCCUGUAAGGUGAAGGAGGAGACAUUAGACAAAGGGCAGAGGAACCCCAUCUGCACCACAGUACAAAACACUCUCUGUACUGCGCCAGCCCCAUAAAGAGUCAUUUUAAUUUGUGGAGUUUAACACCGCCCUUCUCCAAGCAGCCUGGGCACAGUGUGUUGUCUCUGUCAUGAGACAUGUCUCUGUCAUGACUUUGCUUUGCUGUGGCUUGGGGUCCUUCUCAUCAUACUGUGCUAAACUCAUUUCCAAGGCUGCCCUGAGACCACACCAGAGAGCAGAGAGCUCAGGUCUCACCCUUUUCUUGGGGGACCCUGGCAGACCCCUGUUGGGGUCCCAGUCCAGCAUCACCCUUCCUACCUCACCUGCCUUUGGGGCAGCUGUGGAUGGGGAGGGAGCAGGCGGGUCCCGACAACACAGGGGCUGAGCCUCCUCAGCUCCCACCCUCAUCCCUGCAGGAUCAGGCCCUUCCUCAGCAAGCACAACACGGGGAGGGGGGUCUAUGCCCACCCUGGCAUAUCUGGAGACUCCUGAGCAGGGAAGAGAGGGUCUGGCCACCAGCCCCACCAUGCUCCCUUCCUUGCUGCCCAUUUGGCCAGUGCCGGCAUCAGACCCGGGAAGACACCCUGUCCCUGCCUCAUGUUUAUUUAUUUAUUACCAGAGGCUGUAAACAGCAGUGCUUUUCUACCCUCUACUUUCUUUUCCUUUCUUUUGUAUUUUGGAACAAUGUGUUGUAAUAAAUACCCAAAUAGAUGUUUUAA